AUGGAUCGGUUCAAUCGCAUGCUCGCCGCGGCGCAAGGCUUGGGCAUAGGCCACGGAGCCGCCCCCGGGCAGGAUACAAACCUUGUCGAUAACUCCGAGACAGUCUAUAUCUCCUCUCUCGCUUUAUUGAAGAUGCUCCGGCAUGGCCGCGCAGGUGUACCCAUGGAAGUGAUGGGUCUGAUGCUUGGUGAAUUUGUGGACGACUUCACAGUUCGAGUUGUUGAUGUCUUCGCCAUGCCUCAAUCGGGAACAUCCGUCAGCGUUGAAUCCGUCGAUCCUGUCUUUCAGACCAAGAUGAUGGACAUGCUGCGUCAGACCGGAAGACCAGAGACAGUGGUGGGAUGGUACCAUUCUCAUCCCGGGUUUGGCUGCUGGCUGUCGAGCGUCGAUAUCAACACACAACAGUCCUUCGAACAACUCACCCCUCGAGCUGUCGCUGUCGUCGUCGACCCCAUUCAAUCGGUCAAAGGCAAAGUCGUUAUUGACGCCUUUCGCCUGAUUAACCCACAAACAAUGAUGAUGGGACAAGAACCUCGCCAAACUACAUCAAACUUGGGUCAUCUGAACAAGCCGUCCAUACAAGCCCUUAUUCACGGCCUGAACAGACACUAUUACAGCAUUGGAAUCCAAUACCGCAAGACAGGUCUAGAAGAAAACAUGCUGAUGAAUCUACACAAGAAAGUCUGGACUGAGGGUCUUGAACUUCCACACAGCUUUGUUGACGAGCGGAAGCGCAAUGAAGAGGGGCUGCAGCAACUCGUUCACCUCGCCGAGGGCUACGAACGCCGGGUCCGGGAAGAGAAUGAAUUAACGGCUGAGCAACUCAAAACCCGAUACGUGGGCAAGGUGGAUCCGAAGAAACAUAUCGAAGAUGUCGGUCAACGAUUGAUUGAAGACAAUAUUGUGGCAGUGUCAAGGCAGAUGAUCGACAAAGAAGCGAGCGUCGCAAAGAAGGCAGCACAAACGAAUGGCCACGAUCACCGCAAUGGUGAUAAUGGCCUGAUGGAUGUGGACGAGGAGCUAUGA